GUAUAGACUCCGCGUCUCGCAGAGAGGGUGGCUGUGAGCUGCAGCCUGCAGGGAAAUUCAAAGCUGAGAGCACCAUCAUCCUCUCUCCUCUAAAACGAUGUCGUUGAUGGAGACAACAACCAUGCGACAACCUCCUCAUCAUCUUCUUGCACCGCUUUCAGUUCCAAUUCCACCGUCGUCUAAUGCGUUGAGAAUCCCAGCGAACAUGAUUCAGAGGAAGGAGAUUUGGAAGGGAAGAGCCCUAAUCCAGUGUUGCUCUGACUCCGCCACGGCGUCCACAUCGUCACCUUCUUCACUGCCUCCCGAGAAUGCUCCACCGGUGUUAAGGAGGAGGAAGAGGUACAGGAGGCAGUACCCGGGAGAGAGCAAAGGCAUCACCGAGGAGAUGAGGUUCGUCGCUAUGAGACUCCGAAAAGCUGACAAGAGUAGCAAUGACGAUGAUGACCAAGACUCAUUCAGUGAAGACGAUAAGGAAGAGGAGGGUAACGAUGAUGUUGGUGGUGGUGGUGGAGGAGGAGGAGUGACGUGGCAGCCCAUCAUGGACGGGUUCCUGAAGUAUUUAGUUGAUAGCAAGCUCGUCUUCAACACUGUGGAGCGCAUUGUCGACGAAUCCAGCCACGUUGCCUAUGCCUAUUUCAGAAAAACCGGAUUGGAACGAUCAGAAGGUCUUGGGAAAGAUCUAGAGUGGCUUAGCCAACAAGGGUUUGCAAUUCCGGACCCUGGCAGUCCGGGAGUUUCUUAUGCCAAGUAUUUGGAGGAGCUUGCAGAGAACAGUGCCCCGUUGUUCCUGUGCCAUUUCUACAAUAUAUAUUUUGCACAUGUAGCAGGAGGUCAAGUCAUAGCAAGACAGGCUUCUGAGAAGCUCUUGGAAGGAAGGGAACUGGAGUUUUACAGAUGGGAGGGGGAUGUGCCAGAGUUGAUGAAAGAUGUUCGUGAGAAGCUCAACAUGCUUGGAGAGCACUGGAUUCGUGAUGAGAAAAACAAAUGCCUAAAAGAAGCAACAAAGUCAUUUCGGUUUUUGGGGCAGAUUGUCCGCUUGAUCAUCUUAUGAAGUCAUCUAAAAUUUACAGUUCUGAUAGUUUGUUAAAAGGUAAACAAGGAGAGCAAAGCAAAAGAGCAGAAGAGAAUGAAAACUCACCGGGCGAGUCGAUCUCUGGGAGAACCCUGACCCCGUGCUCCAGACCAAACUGCACAAUCCUCGUCACAUCAUCGGGAGAGUACUGCAUAUCAGGGCCGUAAGACCCCUUACCCGCCAGAUCAGGCUCCGACGGCACCACCAGCGGGAACGAGUGCGAAUCCGUGAUGUGCCAAUGGAACAGGUUCAGCUUGUUGGCACUCAUCGCCCCAAUCGUCCUCAGUAUGUCCUCCACUGGGUAAUAGUUCCUAGAAGUAUCCAACAUAACCCCGCGGUGCGCAAAGAGCGGAGCGUCCCAAACGUAGAGCCCCGCAGCCACGCGUGAAGGGUCGCCCCAAACGAGCUGCGAGAACGUCUCGAGGCCUCUCAUGGCGCCCCACACGGUCUCAGCCGUCAGAUUGGCAGGCCCUGAUAAGGGAAUUGCGAGAGUGUAGGACUCGUUGACUCCAUGGUGGAGUGGGGCUGCGAGAUCGGAGACUGCAAUGAAAAGGGUCUGCAAGGGAUCGUUGGAGGGUGUGAGAUUGACGGAGGGGGUGACAAGGGGAGAGUGGUGCUCGGUGUGGACGAGGUGGAGGUAGCGUUUGACGGCUGCGGAGAGGUGUGGGUGGUUGGGGGCAGCGAUGGUGAAGGCGGGGGAGACCAGCGUGGCCUGCGGUUUGGGCCAUGAAAAGGUUCGUGGUUUUGGCCACGCGUUAAUAAUUUCGGAUGAGAUUGGGAAGACCAAGAAGCACAAUGCUUCACAUAUAAUGAAUAGCAUCGAUUGCAUUUUCGUCAGUUCUGGCGGGUUAUUGGGCAGAGCUCAAUGGUAACGAGAGUGGCCGCCGAGUGGGGAAAAAGAAAGAAGCCCUUUCCUUUAAAGGUCAUGGAUGGCCACAUAUGGUGUCCAUGACCGGCCGGACGUCCGGUCUUCUUGUCGUUUGCUUAUAGUUUAUGCAUUUUGUGGCUUUCGUCUUCUUGU